AUGGCCACCAUUACCGGGGUAACAGGCAACCAGUAUAUAAGAGGUACAGAGGAGUAUGAGGAUCGCAAGUACCAAUAUGCGACGUCCAGUUACGAAAAAGAAAGGCGCAUGGAUCCACAGCUGAUCAUCUAUCCUCACAAUAAGAACGACAUCGCAUUAGCACUGAAGUACGCCAAUUCGAAGAAAAUUGCAGUGGCCAUCAGGACCGGAGGACAUCAGUACAGUGGAGCAUCCUCUACGCAUGGUGCAAACAUUCAGCUGGAUUUGAACAAGACUUUCCGAGCGGACGAGGACCGCCGCUUCUUUGAAAAGGAUGGGCAAGCAUUUGUCCGUACGAGCGUCAGCUGGAGUCUGGGAUCUUUCAAUGCGUACCUAAAGAAACACGAGGUGUUCGUGCCACACGGACAGUGCGUCCACGUACACCUUGGAGGCCACGUCCAGACGGGCGGGUAUGGGCAACUGGGUCGCAGCUUCGGCCUCUUUGGCGACCACGUCGUAUCGCUUGAGGUAGUCGACCACGCCGGCAACUUCAGAGAAGUAACGAAAAAGAGUGAUCCAGACUUGUUCUAUGCCAUUCUCGGUGGUAGCCCUGGAAAUCUGUGUGUGAUCACACAUUUCACAAUCACCGUCCACCGUGAUCGGGACUACCAAGGCUCUCGAGGCGUGAAGUCGAUAUAUUGGUACAAUCGUAAGACGUUGGAGAAUCUGCUCGACAUCCUGGUAGAGAUGUCAGACAACGAAAACUUCCCUCGCAAUUACGACUACUGUGUCAGCGUGCUUAGCUCAUCAUGCAAGCUCCUGGACGUAUUUCCGGAGAUAGAUGGAAAGAUGAGAGAAGAGCAUCCUGAGCUUUACGGCGAUGACGACAUUCCCUUCUGGCCGCGUAUGAUCGUCGUGUAUGCACAAUGGGUGCCAUUCAGCAAGACCGAUGUUCCUGACAUGAGGUGGUUUGAUCGGAUAAGAAAGGAUUCACUGUUCCACCUCAAGUCAAGAGAAAAGAGCAUGUCCGAGCUCACCGGUGACUGGAUCUUCCGGAACGUGCGAGAGUUCGACCAUCCAUACAUCAAGCGCACUCACGUGACCAACUCAAGGACACUUGGUGCCGAUGGAUGGGCUAAGUGGGUGGCGGGGCGCAUCGACGCGAUCGUGAAGCCGGAUGACAAUGAAUGCUGGCUGUCCGCACAGCUACAGUGCUUCGGCGGCAGAAACUCCAAGUUCUUCACCAAUAGGGACAAUGGGACUGCUUUCAGUUGGAGAGACUCCAGCGUUUGCUGCACCCUUGACUGCUUCUAUGAGGGUGACAAGGCCAAGAAGACCGCUGAAGAGUGGCACAGGAUUAACGACACGGAGGGAAUAGGACCAAAUGGCAAAUUCAGCAAGCAGGACAAACGUGUGCUGUGGGGCUCGUAUGGCAGCUUGGACCUAGAUGCGAGCUGGAGUCACUAUUACGAGGACAGAGAUAAGUACGAGAGGCUUCGCAAGGCAAGGCGACUUGCCGAUCCUAAUGGGGUCUUGACACCAAAUACCUUCAGCGUGGGACGUUGA